AUGUCUCAUCUCUCAGCGCGGGUGUCAGAUGAUGAUUCAGAUAGCGACUGGGACGAAGGCAAUACGGACCAGGUCUCGAAUAACAUCCCAGGGCCUAAUGCCUCCAAGGGAGAGUUAAUGGAAGCACUCAAAGCGCUGCAGCUUGAGGUUCAGCAGCUGCGUGCAGACAAUCGUGCCCUUAAGGAGAAAAAUAAGGUUCUGGUUUCCGAGAAGCCUAAACGGAAACGGCGUGUAGAAGCACCGGAUGCCCUCGUCGCCCAUGAGCAAACUAUCUCGUUGUAUGCCCGCAAAUAUGGCAUGACAGUGGAGAUGUUCCCAGACAGCGAGCUUCUCAUCAAGAAGCGCCCCGAUUCACCUACACCUUUUAAUAGUGCUGAUCGUUACAAGACGUCGGCAACUCAAGAGUCUGCUUUCUUAGAUGAACUCUAUGCACAUUUCCCUGAACGCAUCCAUGAAACGGUAAUGGGUAGCGAGUACUUCAAAGACCUCGUAAAUAAGUGCAUCGCCGAUGCUCGUUCUAACGAAAUCAAGAAAUUGCGUGGCGUUGCUGGAGACAUAUUCGAGCUUCCGGGAAAAUACUUUGCCAAUGCCAGUUAUGACAGAGCUGCGAUUGUCGACAUUCAGAAGAUGUUUGGAGUUUCCGGCAAGACUCAGACUUACAAGAUUUUUCCGCCUCUCUUGUUCCCAAGUCUCCAAGAAGACACAACCCUCAAGACCGUUUUCGGCAACUGGACACUUUUUGCAAAGAUCCUGAGGGCCUCACUCUAUGGCAUCACCUCGCUUCAUCAAGAGCCUUGUGGUGGAUCGAAGACUAACGCUCGGAAGUGGAGUUUGCAACAAGUCACACCAGGGUCCAUUGCAUGGGCUGCGGUUAUUGUCAUUUUUCUGCUCUCGCCAGACACAGAGUUUCCAGGUUCGGGAGUUGGCAAGUCGUCAACUAUCAACUACAAGGACCUCUUCUUUCAAUACAAGAAGUUGCUAAUUACGAAGUGGGAGACAAAACGUAUCAAAACCAUCGUGACUAACAUCAAUCGCUACGUUUUCGGUGCUGCAAAGUUGUCUACAUCGAUGGAUCCUGCUGGUGCCGAAGAUUUUUCAGAGGAGAUCAACCGCGCCAUGCUAGCACUUGACAUGGACACUGAUAGCGAAGAAGACACUCCAGUGACUCCACCGGUCUUGUCGGCACUCUCAGUAUUACCCUCGGCAAUAUCAGCCUUACCAGCUCCUUCAUUGGCGCCUGGACCUGAAGGUUCAAAUCUCGUCACUCAGCCAGUCACACAUCCAGACGAAUCAGUAUCUAGGGCUGUCAUUCGCGCUAAUGAUUCGAAUACAAGUGUCAAUGCAGUAGCUAACAAUGCAGAUGAAGCUGAUGAUGAUAGGACGGAAUCGGGUGGAGGACAAGCAAAGGCCAAGAAUACUAGGGGGAGGAAGGUUGUAGCGACGCAGGGUCCUACUCGUCGUGGACGUUCUCGUAAAGUCUAA